CUUGGAGUGUGUGUCGCCGGCCGUACGCGCAAUGAGUUUCUCGUUGUGCAUCUAAGGUGCAUCUAAGGCGCAAUGAAUGCGUUGUGACAGCCAUCUAGUCUAGUUGUAAUACUCGCAGGAGACGCAAAUAGAGUGAAACAUGGCGAUGCUGAAGCGCUCGCACAACACCUGUCUCGUCAAAGGCCUCUUCGCUUCCUUGGCAGUAACGUGCCUGGUUGGCCUCUACUAUGGCUACCGGCUCAUGGUGUCCAACGAGGCCAAGUUUUCGUUUGGCCGGUCUGCUGGUGGCGAACCUGUGGUCGAGUCGGACGAAGGUGGCCCGGGCGCUCCCGUGCACGUGGUGCUGGUGACGUCCAAUGCCGGGCUGGGAGGUGCCGUGGCGGCCAUGGUGAGCACGGUGCGCCACAGCCGCCGGCCAACGUCCUCGCUGCGCUUCCACGUGGUGACAGACAAUGCAACCCAGUUUCACCUGCAUGCCUGGAUGCACCAGGCACAGCUGGCACGGUUCCAGUACGAGGUGCUCACCUUCCCUCAGACACCACUCAUUGCUCCAGAGCUGGCGACCAUCGUGCAGCUCCCGUAUGCCAAGCUCUACCUUGGCCGGCUACUGCCUGCUCUCAGAGGUCCGGUUGUAGUGCUGGACGAUGAUGUCAUUGUGCAAGGUGACAUAGCUGAGCUGGCCUCCCUGCCCAUUCCGGAUGGCAGCAUAGGGCUCUUCUCCAAAGACUGUGAUAGCAUGUCCAGGAGGUACAACACAGCGGGGAGUCGUUACCACCAGCUUCUAGACCUGAGUCGACCAUCACUACGUGACUUGGGCCUGGAGCCCAACGAGUGCGCACUCAACUUGGGCGUGUUCGUGGUGCGCAUGGCCGACUGGGUUCGACAAAAUGUCACCGAGAUGGCCGAGAACUGGAUCAGAGCGAAUCUCAGGGAGAAAAUCUUCAAGCGGGAGGGACCUCUGGGGCCCCUGCUGCUGGCACUUCACAACAAAACCAGCCUCCUAGACCCCCAGUGGCAUGUCCGCAACCUAGGGGUGACCCCAGGGAGCCAGUACUCACGUCUCUUUGUGACCAGUGCCAAGUUGUUGCAGUGGUCGGGUCGCUUCAAGCCAUGGAACGCCCGCUCUCCAUACUCGGACAUCUGGCACAGGUACUUUGUGCCAGAUCCGACGGGCCGCUUCCGGCCGGCCUCCCGAGGGGGGGCCGCCUCGCCCGCAUCCGGUCAGCGCUCCCAGAAGUCUACGUCCGCACAGCCAGAUCGACGGCUCAACCUGGUCUGAAGGCAGGAUGGCAACCUGGGUCGGUUGCCCAACACUGGUUGUGUUGGUUGCAAGGCUUUAUGGCAAAGACGACAGAGAGAAGGUGCGAGAAAGGAUUGGGACAGGAUUGCCACAAGUCAGGACACCGAGCUUUCAGUGGCAGUCCUAGAUGCGGAAACAGCACAACGAACGGGCAAGGAAUCAAAAACGGAAGCAAACGGGACAGGUGAUUGUGUCGAUCUGAGGCUGAAUGUUUGGGAAGCAAGCUCUACCGGUUCUUUGUUUUCCUAGCUGUAGAUCCUCUCGUGAGGCAACGCCUAGUUCCUUUUAUUUUCUUCGCUCUUUUGCAGCCUUACAUUGACUGGGCGACGUUUCUCACAUCUUGUCUCUUAGUCGUGGUACUCGUCAGAAUGACAACCUUAAUUUAUAACCCCAAUUUUAGAGAAUGGAUCUCGACUGAUCCCGCCUUGAGAGCUUUGGAGGCAACAAUUAUGAACACCUCUAUGUGAGCUGAAGUUCAUCAACUUUGUCACAUAUGAAUGACGUAUGGGCCAAUUAUUUUUCGAAGGCUGCAGAGGGAGCAUACAUUGUGCUUACAUUGUGCAAUGUGCACUCGUAACAAGAAUGACCGUUAGGAGGCACAUAGACACGAAGACUGUUUUGCGAAGUCAUGAUAGUCCAUUUGAAUCUCAACUUCUCUUUAUGUUAUCUAGACCGAACUAGUACUACUAUCACUUUCACAACUGGAAAUACUAGUUAUGCAUGCCACAAUGACAUGUUAUGCUUAGGAAAAUGAAGGUAUUUUUCAUUGUUUUGCUAGCAUGUUGAUCUGCAGCUGUCCUAUAAUAUGCUUCUCAUUAUGGAAUGGACUAAUUUCGUUUUAGCAAGGCAUUAUUUGCUGUUUAGUUUAAUGUGUGUUUGUAAAGUAGCUGUGAGGCUCGUUAGUCAUAUAAGAUACUUUGAGUAUUAAAAUGGUGUUUUAAAGGGACACUAAAGAGAAACAGGAAGUUCAGCUGUAAUGACAGUUAUUGCAAUCUCAGUUGUGCCAUUAUGUACUGUGAACACAGCUUUAAUGAGCGGUAAAAUAGUGAAAAACUGAAGAAUAAGUGCUGAAACUCUUUCAAAUUUUCUGCAUUAGACGUUCUUGACGUCAGAGAUCACAAAUGCAGUUCAAUGACAAUAGAUUGAGAGCUUUUCAUUACUGUUAAUGGAAACGCAAAACAAAACAAACCUUAAACACAUAAACAGCAUUCGACAACUGGACGCCUUGCCUUCCGUCGGCGAAAAGACUUUGCCUUCUGUCGGCAUGACUGCUGUUCCAUUGUCAGGCACACCUGCCCCGUGAGAAUCAUUUCGUGCUCUAUUUGACUGAAGUUGCCGAAAUGCAAACCUGCUCCCCUUGCAAGAUCUUCGUUGUGAGCUUCAGCGUCAGUAACAGCAUCCCUCACAACAAACAUGAAAACAGCGACCGCUUACGAAUGCUGAUUUGAGGUACAAAUUGAGGACAAGGAAAAAAAAACGAGUAAAGGAUAAAAUGUUCUCAGUUUGUGCCACAAAUCUUUCAUUAAGCUAUGCACCAACUUUUCCAACGUUGCACUCUGCUAAAGCUAAUGCAUGUGGUGACAUAUCAUGAGGCACCCUCUGGUUCGCUGAGAGCAAUGAGAUCCACGGUAACACUGCUUCAAUGCCAAGUCUGGUGCAAUCGAAGUUGAGGCAGAUAUUUGGUCUCUCGUUAUGAAUUUCUCCACUAAUAAUUCAUCUUUUGCACCAAACAAAGAACUGUGCGCAUUCCUGAAGGCCCAUCUCUGAUUCCAGCCCAGCUUCUUGUUUCCCCAUAGUAUCCCUUUGAAGCUCAGUGUAGAAACCACAGACCAAUGCACUGUGAACCCGGUGCAGUUGUUUCACGUGUGAUGGAGAAUGGUGUCUCACUUUUUUUUAACACCGACAGAACUUGCACAACAACACGGCUUUAAAACAAUCUGUUGUGCUUGGCUUCUCUAGUGGCCAGGGCACAAUCAGCGCUGCAUCAAAUAGGUUUCACCAAUCUCGGUGGUGAGUGGGCGGCAGCACUGUGGCCUGCAACCGUGCCACAACAAUAUUUGUGAUGCACCAAAGCCUCAGUGUCACUAUUUGUAUUUAUUUAAGUCACUGGUGAAAUUAGAAUGCUGCGAGGUGUUUGAAAUUGGGGUCCUAGUUAAACCGUGCGAGCCGAUGACAGCACUGCGAAGCAGUCCAAGUAAUUAAACAUAUACAAGUUGAAGUUGUGAAUCAUUUUUUUAGGGACCGAAAUGGCAAGUAUUGUCAGUGCAGACAACUGGAAGCUUUGUCCCUAAGGUUUAGGAACACUGAAUGUUAAGAUGGAUAUCUACAAUAGGUCUGCCACAUUGUACCCUGCACGCAUAGCUGAAAUCCAGUAACGGUAUCUGGUAGCAUAGAAAAAAGGAGAAAAUAUGGCAUUAGCUCCGAGCUGCAUCAGGGCCAUCUCCUAGUGGCAAGACAAGUUAGCCAUGUGCAAGCAUUCUGUUUUUGUUAAACGCUGUCAAACUUUCCAAGAAAGCAACGAAUCUCUUUGUGUGUGUGCAGGUAUCUUGCACAACCUCUGAAGUGGUGGUGUUUCGCUGUUGCUCAGGCAUGGUGCACUGUAAUCUCGGAGGCCUCGCACACCACAAUGUCCCUACAUGACCUCAGAGAUGUGCAGAGGCGAGGGGUGUAGCGUUGCUUCCCAACUGCUGCUGUAAAUGUGCUGCUCCACUUCGGCAGCUGUUCUCCUUCACCCGAUUUACAAAAUGCGUUCGCAAAAAACAGUGCAUAAUAUCCAUUUGACCACUGGCACCAUGAGUACUUCGAAGUACUAGUUUCAAUUUCAUUUACUGUAGCAGUGAAACUUGCUUAUAUUGAAAUCUUGGAUAGACACGCUUCAGUAUGCUGAGGUCGAUAAACGCGUGGUGUUCUUAGCAGUUAAAGGAGCACUGACACAAAAAUUUGGACCUUGUUCUUUUUGUUUAAAUAUAUAGCUUAUGACCCACUUAUCACGGCUGCAAACCUCGUUUGCGUGAGUGCGCGACGGUUAUAUAUUUAGAGACGUUUUAGAGCGCCCAGUCGCAGUUUCGGUUUCAAAGAGCACCGAGCUAGGCAGGAGCACUUCAGGAGGCAAGGUAAACACAGCUGGCCACGUGACCAUGCAAAAUUGUGACAGGCGGCGCGCGAGAGCGGGUGCGAGUGGGCACCGCACUGACAGUUUGUCUGCUACGCCAGUUCGUCUGACGCGGGACGCUGCGAGCUGCUUGCUUCUUGUUCCGCAUGUUUCACGCUAGAAGUGCGGACGUUGUCCGUGUCGUUGCCAGGCAUGGUUCCAGCAGUCAAUAGAGUGUCUUAGUCUGUCCGGCAUUUAAAAAUGUGUCGCGUAAAACCAAAUAAAGUGUCCUCAAGCUGGCACCAGGUCAAGUGGCGCCAGCUAUGGAGGAUUAGAAACAACUAACAAACGCAUAAUCUAACUAACAAACGCUUAAUUUAUGUCCUCCGAGCAUUCGGACGCACCCAUCUCGACUCGCUAAGCCUACAGCAUCAAUUAUUUGACUAUGGCUCUCAAAAGCGGCGCCGAAUCGGGACGAAUACAUCACUGUCAAAGCUUAAGGACAUGAAUCUAAAGUAAAUGGAAGCAUCAGUUCGGAGCUUACACGCUACAGAGCGCACGGUGGCCACUUGAUAGAUUCAAAGUGUGCGACAACCGCUUUUGGCAGUGCGGCCAUGUUUUUCGGAGGCACGAAUGUCUCGCCGGCAAAGCUUGCCAUGCACGUUGGACAGCUCUCACGCAUGCGGCGACGGCCAGCGUCCUGUGGCAGGCUUGCCGCUAGCGUGAGCGGGCCAUAACAUCUGCCAAAUGGCGCGACGAGCAAACAGCGGAAGGGAACACAACCAGCACACGCAAAGCCGCAGGCACGGAGGAAGAAAUGGCAGGUAGCACAAGCGCAAGGGCACAACCAACAACCAGCCAACACAAACUCGUGAUGUAGGUUUGUUUACAUUGCCCCCGCGUUGAUGUCGGCGUCGCGAGGCGCUCGCAUCUCGCUCAGUCGCGCGGCAUGCGCUUUAAAAUUGAUUUUAAGUAUGUUCUAGGCUAUAUUGGCCCUUGAUAUUUCAUACACAUUGUGUAUGGCUCCACAUACAUCUAUUUCACUCAUUAUCUCGUCUUCGAAAUUUUGUGUCAGUGCACCUUUAAAGAGUGAAAUGCUGCGUCGUUAUGUCAAGAAUUUUGUUAUCCUGAAGUUCAUUAUAUCGAGCUUUAGGUGUAUCAUUGUUUAACAUCAUGUUUGCGCCUCACUAAAACAAGCACUCAUUGCUUUCAGUUAAGUGGCCAGCUUGACCAUAUUUCGGCCUUGUAGCCUCACAGAUCACUUCAGGCUGACCUGUAGUUUCACGCAGAAAGAUUUCUUCGUUGUUCUAGAUACAGUGCUGCACUGUGUGCGCCUCUCUCUUAAAUACUGAUACAACUAGGGCUGCUUGAGAGAUGCUCCUUCACUAUGGCUUUUUGUUUCUAAAUACUAGGACCAUACUUCUAAUUCUGUUAAACAGCACACCAACAUCCUCAAUUGUCUGGCUGUGUCACGGUGAGGAGAACUUCACCUACUGCUGGAGCAACAAAAAUAUAUAUUUCUUUUUAUGAUGUGGACACGUAGCCUUUUUAAACUGUCAGAUCUGUCGGACGUAUACGACAAACAUGUAGUAUCACGCGACUUCACAAGCUGCACGCCCUGGGAUAGAAAAUUGAAGAAGCUCCUUGGCGGCAUUCGCUGUUCCCAAACAUGUGUUGGCUAUUGAGCGCCAAUUUCCACCUACCAGCCUUACUGUAGCCGGCAGAGUAGCUCAGUUGCAUGUGUAUUGUCGCAGGACACGUAUGACUUUAAUGCAAACAUUCAUUGAUGUUGUGGCCUUUGUUUCAGAGAAGCUCAUUUGAAGUGUAGGUACCAGUAUUUUAUCACUUAUAACCUGCACAAAAUAUUCAGAAAAUUCAUAGCUAAAGUCUGGGUGCGGGUUAUAUGCGAAUUUCAGUGCACAAGUUUACUUCACGGCACUGCUUUGUGAUAUUGCAAGGAUGGUGGCUUCACGGUAAUGUGGGGCAGGGAUCUUUUAUAUGUUUUCCCCCUGCUGUUUGUACUAGUUGCGUGUGCAGGUUAUAUGCAGGGACGGAUUAUACGUGAAAAAAUACGGUAUACUUGAAGGUAUUUUUCACAUUUAAAUGUCCUGAAACUUCUCUAUUGCUUGUUCGGAUAUGUUAUUAUGCUUACGGGUGAAAGUCAACGCAUGCAAUGCAUCUUCAGUAGUCAACGCACCGGCCCUCACAUGUGCAGUUCAAUAACUACAGCUGACUGGAUCAUUUUUCCAGGUCUUUUAUGGUCUUUCGCAGUUUUGGUGUUAACCAUGACAGGCAUGCACAGAAGCUUGUCGUUGCUAAUUGCUCUCAUUGUGGGAGUGACUGCAGUGUAAAAGGAGUCUGUUGAUCUGCUUAUGAGAUUAUCCUUUUUUUUUCCUAAUGCGCGUGAAUGAGCAUAUUUUUGUAUUGUAUGCAGUGCACCUCCACAUAAUUCUGAGCUUCUGUGUGUUCCCAGUGGAUCUUUGUUUGUUGCAAACAGAGGACACUGGACAACAGUCCAACCCUUGCUCGUCUAGCGUAUUUAGCAUAUUGCACCUUUUCUGACGUACCGAGAGUCUCAGCUCCUUGAGUUGUGUUGUGCCAGCAUCUUUAAUGCCGAAAAAAAUUAUUUGUCACUAGAGCCAACAUUUCAACAAGUGUUGACAAGGACUCGUCUUCAUCAAGGUGGCAAGUGCCUUCCUUAGCAGAGUGUGCGUGUACACUUUUCUACAGCCCAUCUCGAUAGCCCCCUUCUGUCCUUUCCUUUCCUUCCCCACCUUUUCUCUCCUCUCCUCCACUUUGGCCAUUGGAGGAGGGCAAGCAAAGCGUACACAAGCACUCUGCUGAUGAAGGCAGUUGUGGCCUUGAUGGAGACAAGUCCACUUGCCGAAGCGUUGACUCCAACGACAUUCCCUCGGCAAGGAUUUUUAAAAAUCUUUCCAAGCCUCCACCUUCCCCUAAACUUCGGUAUUUUUUUUUACUUCUCUAAUGUUGGCACUCCGCGUUUGGCUUGCCUUACUUGCCUGAAGUGUCAUGUUGUCGCUUGUUUUGUAUCCGGCUUGAUGUGCUUCUAUGCUGAUGCAAGGCAGGCUAGCGUGGUAUGUACUAAGCAGUUGCAAUGUAGCAUUUGCAGUGGUGUACACUUUUCGACCCCGAAUGCGUACCUUUCUUACUACUGCCUGAUGAAUGAACAAGGCUCUGGGUUCACUUGCCUCCAUUGGCAACGCGGUUGCACGAAAGUGUAAUCUGAAAGCACGUUUCUGUGUCGCAUGUUAAAAAAAAUAUAUCGUAUUUUCCCACAUGUAACCCGCACAAAAAAACAAAACAGAAAAUGUGCUUAAAAAGUGGGGGUGCAGGUGAUAGCAGUGGUUAUAUGGAUAUUUUUUUGUUUUUGUAGAUUUAAAGUUAGGGGUGUGACUUAUAUGCGAGAAAAUACAGUAAUACUUAGCCCUCCAGCUUGGAAUCUCUCUAACCCAAUGUGGCUUUGUCGCACUGCCCCCCAUCAAGCUAUCAGCAUUGUCUCACCACAUGCAUAUCUCAGCAGUUCUGAACUCCCCCUGUAUGGAGAAGAAUAUUGUUCCUCGUUUGUAUUCAAUUUCUCUCUGUUCCUCCACUUACUUGUUUGCACAGCUGCAUUUAACAAAUAUUGUUGGGUUUUAAUGCUCCCGUGGUAUGUGGUAGCAUUCUUUGAAGAGUAAUUGAUGCAGUGACGUUUACGAUAAGUGUGUGCAGAUUUUUUUUGUUCACUUCCACUACUUAUUGUUUUGCGAUGCUACCUCCUGUUACUGAAUCACCAUUUCGAGCCGCUUUCUCGCUUCACCCUAUAGGUCAAGUUAUACUAUACGCACAGAUAUUUCUGCACAGUGUCCUUUUUUGUUUUGUUUUUGUUCUUUUUCAGCUGUGAUAUAAAGCAGCCUUACGCUUUUUGUGUCUUAGAAAGCGGCUGUGAAAGAUUGAGUAUUAUGUAGUUUUUCAACCAUUGUCUGUACCUUGUGCUUUUUAUUUGCACGCCUUGUUCACAAAUAUUGAGUGAAGUACACCGUAGUGUAACUUCGUUAAGUUGAAUUCUGCGGGAACCAGACGUUUGGUCGACUAAAAUGGAGUUAAACUGAAGAGAGCCCGUUGAAUAUAGCAGCCGGUGACCUGAGCUGCAUCCCUGGAUGGGCUGAGCUGUAGCUGUAGCUUAAUAUUUCUGCGCAAUUUUGUACCAAGCUCAACCGCUAGACAACCAUACAGUGUGGGAGAUCAUGCUUCUCUUGUCCUUGGAAGAAAAUUGAUGUGGCUGACCAUGACGGGCAGUUUAUGUCAGCAAGGAAGUGUUAGCGCAACAAAAGUGUGUUGUCAUUUUUAAGAUUGAAACAGAAUAAACAUUUUCUUAUGUUGUUCUUUUUUUUUCUGUGGCAUAGCUUAUGGCACAGUGAAAAACACGGCAGCACUGUAAGGAUAGGUGGAUGUACCAUCUUUCUAGCCCUUUUUUGUUUUUGCGUGUGUAUCUGUGCACCCUCCCUCGCUGUAAUUCCUGUUGGUGCUGCGGGUAAUGAAUUUUAAAAAUGUUAGUGUUCCGUGUGCAUUGCAGACUGCCAUAUUGUGUCUGCAAUGGACUCCUUGAAACCAGGCAAUGCCAGAUAUCUAGAUUUCAAGAUAUGUUCAGCUGGAUGUUUUCGUUGCGAACAUGUUGAUAAAAGAGCGUACCUUGUGUAAAGGAUUGGCUUUCCAGAUCAGGCACUAUAUCUCAGCAUGGUUGUUUGACAACUCCCGGUGCAGUGCAAAGGCUGCUGUAAUCUGCAUUUUAAUUAAUUGUUUGGCUGCACAGUGAAGUUCAGGCUGUUCAUAAUGUGUCUAAGACUAGCCAGCACAUUGCUCCAUGGUUGUUUGGGGUUUUCGUUCACGUUGUUUCAUUGCAACAGUUAUUAGUGUUUAUAGAGUGUUUUUUUUUUUUCAUUGCGAAAGGGUGUUUGCCCCUUUUCUUGGCUGGUCUGUCUGUCACAGCAAACUGCAGAAAUGUGGGCCGCGCUGCGUGCAGAUGUAUGUGUGUGAGAGAAGUGUUGCAAUGGUGGAGCAUAGAAUCUCAAUUGUGAGAUCGGUUUAAUGAUCUGUCGACAUGUCCUGACCUGUUCGCAGGCAUGCACAUUCUUCUGCUUGUAUUUAGUGGUUGUGUCAUUUUUACCUUCGUGGGAUUGUCAGUUGUGGUGUUGUGUGUGUGAUGCGGUGCCACUAUAGACUGUUGCAUCAUUUGAUGCUUCAUGAACUUGCUGUAUUUAUUGUAAUUUAUUUGAACAGAAGUUUAGAAAUAAACUGUGUGUAUACAUUU